UCGGUUAUAAAUAGGCACCAUCGAGCGGUUACGAAAUCUGUAACGGUUUUUGACUUGUGUCUAUUCUUGCGGUCGUGGUUUCCUCAUCUUCGCACACAUCAAGAGACGAUGGCAUCGACGUCCGUGCUGCAGCACUUUGAGACGUAUCAGAAGGCGCGGGUGAGCUUUGUGCAGGCGGUGGCUGAGGCUGCCACGCGGCCGCAGAACAUUGAAGUCAUGCAGAACGCCGGCGUGAUGCAGCUCCUCCGUCCGUUGCUCCUCGACAACGUUCCCAGCAUCCAGCAAUCGGCGGCGCUAGCCCUUGGACGCCUUGCCAACUACAGCGACGACCUCGCCGAGGCGAUCGUGGGCAACGAGAUUUUGCCUCAACUGGUGUACUCGUUGUCAGAACAGAACCGAUUCUACAAGAAAGCGGCGGCGUUUGUUCUUCGCGCCGUGGCCAAACACUCCCCCGAACUCGCGCAAGCCGUGGUGGACUCAGGCGCGCUGGAAGCGUUGGUGCCAUGCUUGGAAGAGUUCGACCCGACGGUGAAAGAGGCGGCGGCGUGGGCCAUCGGCUACAUUGCGCAGCACACGAGCGAACUGGCGCAGAGCGUCGUGGACGCAGGCGCAGUGCCGCUUCUGGUGCUGUGCAUCCAGGAGCCCGAGAUCACACUCAAGCGGGUGGCCGCGUCAGCGCUCAGCGACAUUGCCAAGCACUCGCCCGAAUUGGCGCAAGCCGUGUUGGACCCUGGCGCGGUCGCGUACUUGGCUCCUCUUGUCCAGCACCCCGACGCCAAACUCAAACGCCAAGUGUGCAGUUGUUUGGCGCAAAUCGCUAAACACUCCGUCGACUUGGCCGAGGUGGUGGUGGAAGCCGAGAUCUUCCCCAACAUCCUGCAUAACCUCAACGACAUCGACCACACCGUCCGCAAGAAUGCUGCCACGUGCAUCCGUGAAAUCGCCAAGCACACCCCCGAGCUCGCCAAGUUGAUUGUGAACGCAGGCGGCGCGUCCACGCUCGUCGACUACGUCGCCGAAGCCAGCGGCAACAACAAGCUCCCGGGCAUCAUGGCGAUCGGUUACAUUUCUGCGUUUUCAGAGACGCUCGCGCUGGCGAUCAUCACUACCAAGGGCAUCGCGCCGGUGAAGAAUGCGUUGGUGGCCGAGCCUGAAGACCACAUCAAGGCCGCCAGUGCGUGGACUUUGGGCCAAAUCGGGCGGCACACGCCGGACCAUGCGCGCGCCAUCGCAGAGGCCGACGUGCUGCGGCACUUGCUCGCGUGCAUGAUUCACCCCAAUAGCUCGGACGACCUGAAAACGAAAUCGAAGCGUGCGCUCAAGAGCAUUCUGGCCAAGUGCACGCACCUCCAGGCGCUGCAGCCGCUGCUCCGUGACGCGCCCAUGAAAGUGCAAAAGUACAUUUUGAAGCAGUUUGCGCAGAUGUUGCCCCACGACCUCGAGGCGCGGCGGUCGUUCGUCCAGAACGGCGGGCUCCAGUUCCUCCAAGAGCUCAGCGAAGCCGCGGGUGGGAAACUCACCGAGUACAUCAUGGAAAUCAACAACUGCUACCCCCCGGAGAUCGUCGAGUAUUACUCGCCCAAUUACUCCAAGACGUUGCUGGACAAGUUGGACGAAUUCCAACCCCAAGUUCGCUAGCAACGUGCUGAGAAACGAUGGCCGCAACGUCGUCUGUCGCUGGUCCUUGAACAACUACUGUAGUACAAUGCAUGCCAAAUAUACUGUAUGGAAUAUUUCUUCCAAUAACGUUACUUUUUUAAAAAUACGGUAACGUUCUUUAGUAAGUAUUAUUGUCGAGCGGUG